GAAAGGAAAAAACUGCGGCUAAAAAGCGCGAAGAACCGCGAUACCCUGUUGUGGAAUGGAAUAUUCCACAUAUCCGACAGUCCAGAGUUGACCUUGUCCGCGAUGAGACUUUCAAAGUGGAGGGGCCGAAUGGAAGAGUCGAAGUUAGUCGACAACAGCAUCCACAAAUCGCAAGGACAGACCCUCGAAAAGGUGAAAAUUGAUUUGGGUAGGGUAUUCGAGAAAGGUCAAGCCUACGUUGCUAUAUCACGUGCCACAUCCCUCGAAGGUCUACAAAUAAUUGGUUUCCAGCCUAGCAAGGUUUAUGCUCAUCCCGCGGUGAUAGAAUGGAGCAAAACACUUGGCUCAUAG